CGCCCCGGAUAUCCGGCCCGGCCCCGCCUCUCCGCUGGCGGCAAUAUGGCGCUGUGCGAGGCUGCGAACGGCGGGGCUUCUCUGGCCUGGCCGCGGGUGUUGCUCUUCGGAGACUCCAUCACCCAGUUUUCUUUCCAGCAGGGUGGAUGGGGAGCGUCACUGGCUGACAAGCUGGUCAGAAAAUGUGAUGUUCUGAAUCGCGGAUUUUCAGGUUAUAAUACCCGAUGGGCGAAAAUCAUUCUUCCAAGAUUAAUCACGAAAGGCAACAGUCUGGACAGCCCAGCAGCAGUUACAAUUUUCUUUGGUGCCAAUGACAGUGCGCUGAAAGACGAGAACCCCAAGCAGCACGUCCCGCUGGCCGAGUACGCGGCGAACCUGCACACCAUGGUGCGACAGCUGUCUGCCGCCGGCGUGCCCGCGAGCCGCGUCGUCCUCGUCACGCCGCCCCCGCUCUGUGAGGCCGCGUGGGAGCAGGAGUGCCUGCUGCAGGGCUGCAAAUUAAAUCGUCUGAACUCGGUUGUUGGCGAAUACGCGGGCGCCUGCGUACAGGUAGCCCAGGACUGCGGGGUCGACGUGCUGGACCUGUGGACCCUGAUGCAGAAGGACACUCAGGACUUCUCAUCCUACCUGUCCGACGGGCUGCACUUGUCGCCAAAGGGAAAUGAGUUUCUGUUCUCUCACCUCUGGCCUCUCCUAGAGAAGAGAGUCUCCUCUUUGCCCUUGCUGCUCCCGUACUGGCGGGACAUAGCCGAAGCCCAGCCGGAACGGAGCCUCCUGGGAGACGGGGACCAUUAGCCACAGAAAAGCCAGUCUGCCCGGUAACUUAUGGAAGCGGACAGUGCCACAAAGAUCCCAGGAUGAGUGAUCAGACCUUUGCUCGUGACCUUGGAAUACGGAACCUCUGCCACUAAGAUCAAUAAAAGCCUUAGAAUUUUUAGGG